GAGGACCUUCUUAAAGCGGCGGUCUGGGGCAGGUCGCUGCUACGACUGAGAGAACAGAAGGAGCGUACCUAGCGAUACACACUGUGUCGGCACCAGAUCACUGACGGUUUUUCAUUUUAGACGUUGUAAUUGACUUUAUUUCUCUUUUGAUAUUGUUCAUCCGUUUAUUUCCGAAGUGACCGGGCGGACUUGGAGUUGUGUGUUUGCUGGGUGGGCAUUAUCCCAUUCCCCAGCUAGUUAGCUGGCUAGCUGAAGCUAGGCUAGCUAGCUAGCCACCUAACUACUCACUGACGGCUAGCGUCAGACGGUAUCCCAAACAACAGAAUAUUUCCAUUCUUGGGUUUGAGGCUCUGCUUGGUUGGCUGCACGAAUCAGCCAUGGAGAAUGAGGCAUGUGCUGAGAAGGUCUGGGAUGGGGAUGGGGAUGUGGAAGUGGAGAAGGUGAAGGAACCACCAGUAGUAACUGUAUCUCCUUACAGAUACUCCAAGGAGGAGCUUCUGGCAAUUAAGGAAUUGCCAUGCUCUAAUGAAAGGCCAGAAUGUCUUGCGGACAAAUAUGACAGUGAUGGUGUCUGGGACCCAGAGAAGUGGCAUGCCUCACUGUACCCCACUUCAGAGCGUACCUCUCCAGUGGAAGGCUUCAAGAAGGAGUACCUGGAAGAGCGAGCUCCUUUGAAGAGAAGAAUUCCAGAUCCCCGUGAAAGACUAAAGGAGGAUGAUCUGGACGUGGUCCUCAGCCCGCAGCGGCGGAGCUUUGGAGGAGGAUGUCAGGGAAUUGCUGCCCCGGCACCCCUGGCCCGCCGCCCCAUCAGCCCUCUGGAGAACAAGGAGAACGAAAGCCUCCGCCUGGGCGGAGCGCGUAGGAUCGGCAGUGGCCGCAUCAUCCCCGCCAGGGCCUUCGAGAGGGAGUCGCGUAUGGAGAAGGAGAGGGAGCGUGAGAGGGACUUCAAGGAUAAGAGAUUCAGGAGGGACUUUGGGGACAAACGGGUGUUCAGCGAGAGAAGAAGAAACGACUCGUAUGCAGAGGAGGAGCCAGAGUGGUUUUCCGGCGGUCCUACGAGCCAAUCUGAGACUAUUGAGCUCAUUGGAUUUGAUGACAAGAUCCUGGAGGAUGAUAAGCGCAGGUCGAAGCGGUCGAGGAGGCGUACGGAGUCUCUGAAGGAAGAGUGCAACGGCGGCCUACCUGAGGAGCCCGACGUGGUCAGAGACUCGACCGCUGACCAGGAGGUCCCCCACCCAGAGGUCCUGCCAGAGCAGUCGGGCGGCGACUUCGACUUCAACGAGUUCUUCAAUCUGGAGAAGACGAUGCCAGGACUGGCCUCCAUGAUAGAGGAUGUUCUAGGAGAAGGUCCGGUGUCAGCCAGCCGCUUCAGCCAGUGGUUCUCAAGUAACCUAAGUCCUUCAGGGAGCCGCUCUAGCAGCCUUAGGUCGACUCCGCAUGAGGAACUGGAGCGACUGGCAGGUAAACCGUCCUUUACUGUCGUGCAUGAAUCACCCAGAUGGUGCUGAAGAUGCCAACCAGUAUUUGCUCGACGCACUGAAAUAAUUUUGCACCAUUUAAUAAUUUUGAAAAACAUUCUUAACGGCAGUUCUUAAAGAUCCCAUGCCAUUCUAUUUUAUGGAUGCUUUAAUAUAGGUAUUAGUGGGCCACAAACACAGUAUUCAAAGACGUCCCCGAAAUUCAGCCGUGGUGCAGAGUUACAGUCACUCCGAAACAGUCGCACAUUGAGCUUCCCCCAAACGCGCUGUUUCGGUGGGCG